AGACUACACAUUCUGAUGCCUGUGAUACCGAUCGGAGCUUGAGUGAAUGAUUAACGUACGGAUUGUCUUAAACCCUUUAACCGGAACAAGGAUAAAAUCUUACUAUUUUCACUUUAAAAGAGCAACGCGACGUAAAAUAUCCUUAUGCAGAAUGGGUAACGGAAUGAACAGGAUUCUGCCUGGAUUGUAUGUUGGGAAUUUCCGUGACGCUAAGGACACUGAACAGCUGAAGACAAACAAAAUCACCCACAUUUUAUCAAUACAUGACUUUGCAAAGAAACUUAGAGAUGAUAUAGAAUAUAAGUGUGUGCAUGCCAGUGAUACGCCCGACCAGGACCUGACCCAGUUCUUCUCAGAAUGUAUCGACUUUAUCCACGAAGCUCGAAUCAAAGGGGGAAAUGUCUUAGUUCAUUGCUUAGCAGGAGUGUCGAGAAGCGUGACUGUGACAGCUGCCUAUAUGAUGACGGUGACGGAUUAUGGGUGGAAGGAUUGUCUGAAGGCUGUUAGAGGGGCCAGAACUUACGCCAAUCCUAACUUUGGCUUCCAGAGGCAGUUACAGGCUUAUGAUGCUGAUAAAGUUACUAUGGAGAGAGAAAGAGUGAAGUCCACGUUUGAGCCUGUACCAUACAAUGACAAUGAAGAAAUGAAAUUUCUUCUGGAUGCUUUUCAAAAAUUUGUUUUACAUGGUGAUCCAAACAGAGAUGAUGGUUUAUACAGCCUUCCUCACAGAGCAUACAAAGCACAGUCUAAACAAGUGAGUACAGAUAGGUCGAGUGAUGAUGUCAGCAGCUCACAGGGUGCCAAACAGAACGAGGACUCCCAGAACAACGAAACAGGCGGAGGUCAGAUACUGGACUCUACUAAUCAUCAUACUGGGGAAUCCCAGGAUGUGUUAAACCAGAACCAGGACAGUGAAGAGCCAGACAAUGAAACUGUGAACCUGAACGAAGAAGUUAAAAAUACGUCCAAAAUUUAACCAGUGAUCCGAGUGUUCUAGAACACCUGAGUAUACACUGUACAUCAUCAAAGGAGUAUCCAGUAAUCUAUGCAAUACUCAGUAUUAUCUAUGCAACAGUGUCAUUAUAGAUUUUUAUCUGUCAUGUUUACAGUAAGUUAUUUAGAUAUUUUAGAGUAGUUUAUCACUACUAGUGUGAACUGUGUUUGUGAUAUUUAUACAUGUAUUAGUUUACAAGAGUCUUUCUCAGUAUUUAUUUCUUGUUUUUAGGUCUUUAUACAAGGACAACUUGUACAAAGCAAUUAUUCUCUCUAUUUUGCAAUUAUUGUGAGUAUUUUAAAUUUUCCUGUGGAAUUAAAAUUGUUUUAUCCACCUCUGCAUAAUGUGCCAAUAGUUGAUUAAAUGUAUGCAAAUCAUUAUGCAAUCCAUACUAUGUAAAUGUAUGUACGUAUUCAAAAUUUAUCCCAUUUUCUAGCAUAAACAUAAUAGCACAGUAAAUUAAUGUUUCAGUGCAACAAAGCAAGCACAAAAAGUGCAAAAAUAUGAUUCUCACCAAAAUAUGUAUUUCUACAGUAUACAAAUGUAUAAAGUACAUAGAAAUGAUUUUGAAUUUACCUUUACCUUAUGUUGACUGUAGCACGAUAUAUCCUUUCAAUAAUAAUAUGGACAUGGUAAUAUAGAAUAAGGCCAAAAAUAAUAAUCAAUUUUUCAGUCCCCACCGUAACCAUUGAAAAGGUACCGCAUGGAAUUUUAUUUUCAAUAUACAUUUGCAUAGAAAUGAACAACGAUGGUGAAGACUUAUAGUGCAGACAGACUGCCCAGUAGUGGCCCUGCUACACUUUAUUAAUGUAAUAGAGGUAACCCUAUUGUUAUAGAUAUUUAUGUAAAACUUUCAGAAGGUUUUUAUAAAAUUAUUGGUAUUUUUUUCAGCAAAUAAUUAUUGAACGCAUUCUCAUGUAUGUUCAAGUGUUUAAAAAUAAUAGUGUAAAUUUACUAGUAAGUAAUGUGAGGCUAUUUUUAAUAGAAAUAAAAAUUCCAUUGCUUA